AUGAGCGGCCUGGGUCCGGCAGCCUGUUGGCUGGCCCACAAGCGCAUCGAGUCCUGGUCCCGGAUGGCCAAGGAGCGUGUGGGAGCAGUGCGUCGGGUCACGCUCGACCGGAAUUCGGCAGAUGAGAGUACUCCCGGUGGCAGUGGGAGCGGAAGCGGUACCUCGGGCACAACGACCGCGGUGGGCGUGGGUGGUAAUGGUACCGGGCUACCAGGUUUGGUGCACAUCCUGCCCACGGGAGAUGGGAUCACGGGUAGCUCCACCACACCGCCGCCACAGCCGAUGACACCGCCGCCAUCGGCAUCAUCGGUUACAUCGACCACCAGCGGCAUUGGCAGCGUUUCGGCCGGUAGUGUCAGCGAUAGCUGUGAUUUGCCCACGGAUUCGGAGGAGGUGGCCAUUGCCAAGGAGUGCCAGCCCAUUCAGCCGGCCACCCAUAUGCAUGGCAUGCAUGGCGGUUUGGGUAUGAAUCAUCAUCAUCAUCACAUGGGUGCCGUUUCGGCCACUGGUACGGAUAUAUUACGUGGUCCAGCCGAGGUGUUCCACAGUCCAUUGCAUUUGCAUCACCAGAGCCGAUCCUUUCCGCCGCGCCUCCAACGCACACCGUCCAUCUCCAGCCAGAGCAGCGUGGAUAGUGCUCCAUCCAGGCAUUCGGGUCAUCGCGGCUCCUCACCACAGAUAAGAACCUUUGGACCGGAUGGACGCAGCUCGUUGCCCAGUGAGCCGGCUUUCCCACAUCAUUUGGCCAGAUCUCCUAGUCCUAUGAGAACCAUUUCUUUGGAUGCUCGUUGCGGUAGUCCUGCUCACUCGGUGGAUCCUGGGGAUAUGAGGACGCCCAGUCCUUCGCAAAGUAGUUUGGCUUCACUGGCUGGUGGAUCGGGCAGCUGCUCCGGCAAGGGUGUGGGCGUGGGUGGUGGUCGUUGCCUGUCGCCAUUGCUAAUACCACCACGAUCACAGCCUGGAGUGGAUCCUGCCAUGGGUCCAGCCUCACCAUUGGGUGCCCUACAACCGGAUCUCUAUCGAUUGCCCGAUGGUCCUGUGUAUUUGACAGCGCCAGAGUCCAGUCAUGCCGUGGGACGAUUGCACCUGCGUGUGAAAUAUGAUUAUCACCUCUUUGAUUUGACGGUGCAUCUAAUUGAAGCUCACAAUCUCAGUCCCAUUGAGGAGGGCGGCUUUCGGGAUCCUUAUGUUCGACUGAUGCUGCAACCGGAAGUGGACAGCCGAAAGCGACAGACGCACAUCCAUCGUGGCGAAUCGAAUCCUUAUUUUGACCAGCACUUCAAGUUUCCGGUUUCCCGUGAUCAGCUUCAAGGCAAAGAGCUGAUCCUUCAGGUGCUCGACUACGAUCGCUAUUCGCACAACGACAUUAUUGGUGAGGUUCGCAUUUCUGUGGAUGGUUUGGAUCUGUCCAAGUCGGUGGAGAUUUGGGGAGACUUGCUGCGCACCAAGAAGCCCAAGGAGGAUCGACCCGAGUUGCUGUGCUCCUUGAACUAUUUGCCACAGGCUGAGCGUUUGACGGUGGUAAUAAUGAAGGCAAGGAAUUUGGAUACGGUUCAGGAACCCUAUGUUAAGAUUUACCUGAUUCAAAAUGGCAAACGCAUCAAGAAGAAAAAGACGAGCAUCACAAAGUCCGAUGAUCCCACCAAUCCCAUCUGGAACGAGGCAUUCACAUUUAAUUUGCAAUCAAAUUAUCUCCACAAUGCAGCCAUUGAGAUCUAUGUGGUGGGUGCUGGCAGUGAGGCCACGGAAAUUGGAUGCUGUGGCUUGGGGCCCCAGGAGAGUGGAACUGGUUGCCAGCAUUGGCACGAUAUGAUAAACAAUGCCCGGAAGCCAACGGCCAUGUGGCACUACAUCCGCUAGGCACUUAAGGGGUUAUGAUAUAGUGUCCCCGUGCUGAGUCUAUAGAGAUCAGGGAUGCCCAGUGGAAGUCCUUGCUCUCCAGCUUCCUAGAUCCCAAGUUUCCUAGAUCCCGAGAUCCAUAACUCCCUUACUCCUUGCUCCCUAACUCCUUUGUUCCUUUGAUUCCUGUAAAGAAACAAGGAUGUAACAAGUUUUCUUUUAGUUUCUAUGGGGCAUCCCUGAUAAAUAGGUGUUCUACCAUAACCGUGUGUAACCAACCAUUGUGUGUCUGUGUGAAUUUUCCAAUUGCAUUUUCCGUAAGCUUAUAACGAAAUCAAAAAAAAUCUCACCUAUAUAUAUAGUACUAUAUAGUAUAUAUACACUGGCUGCAGCUACUUAACUAAGCAUUAACUUGCCCUCCACAAGAAGCUCAAUCAAAAAGUUCCUACACAACGACAGAAACUUCGAAAAAAUUGCCCACAAAACAUUUUUGAUAAUUGGAAUGAUGUUUUUGUGGGUAAUUUAUUUAACGGAAUUAUGUUUUGUUUCCUUAAGUUGUUGUGCAUUUUGUGUAAUCUCUCGAGAGCGGGUCCUGGGGGAGAAACCGAAAGGAUAAAAAUGUUAAGGGUACAAAAACACACAAAACUGUCACCGAGACUUGUUGACAUUUCAAUCGACUUUAGCAGACACUUGAGAAGCCUUCCUUUGCUCCUUUUUCUCCUUCGUAAGGUAUUCAAGUGUGCAUUUCUUAAAUAAUUAUGAAUACACCGCGCAGGGGAAAUAAUAUUCGUAUAGGUGAAUGGUCGUCAAUCAUGCCAGGACCUAGAAGGAGUCGUCCGCUCUUUUAUGCCAGCGACAGUUGACAAAUUGCCAUCGUCCUGUUGUCCUUUUGCCAUUCGAUCCCAUGCCAGAGUCCUGUGUGUGUUUUGUCGUCAACUGUUUGACAGUUUCUCCCACAGAGCCAAGGGAGAAAAAACGGAGAGAGAACUUAUGCUAAUUGUUAAGUUAAAUAUUCCUUCCAACUGAAUACGUCUUUCGAGGGGAUGCCAGGGAGCACUUUGGCCUAUUUUGUAUGUGCUUACAACGAGUAUUUCAAGGAUAAUAAGAAUUUACGGAUGGAGAGCUACGUUUUCUUUCACAUAAAUCUAUGGGUGUGUUUUUUAUUUCAGUGUUGUCGUACGAAUUAUGGGAAAUCUGUCCUAUAUAAUGUGUGUAAAAUAUGCUACUUAAUCCGUAUAAAUAUCGCAGAUGAAUACAAAACUGAAUGUGUGUAAUUUAAACUUUAACAAAGACUUGAAAAAUAAAUGAAUAUACAUACAUAGCACUGCACGUGUUAACUAGACAAAAAACAAAGUACAUACUCUAGGGAGCCAGCAUAUAAAUAAAUAAAUAAAAUAUGUAUACAAACUAUAUAUUAUACACUCUAUACUUGUACAAGUGUUUUUCUAAAAACCAAUCCUUCUACAUAAUUGUUUCAAUUUGUCCGAAAGCCAGACGAAUCACAGAACCACAUUUGCUGACACGGAGAAAAUACUGAAUAAACCCAAACAAAAUAAAAUUAACAACACAACAGGAUAAAUGCUGAAAUACCUCCGAUUUAAGCGAAUCAUUGUUACUUUACAAUUCUUCGAAGAACAUGAAAUGUGCACGCGAAAAAUAAAUGAGAUGAAAGCAAAGCGAAAUGUACAAAAAAACUGCAUAUACAUAUAUAUACAAAUAUAUUUCCUACAGAUAGUGUUUUAUUUAUUGUGUAGCCUUACGAGGACUCUGUCGGAAAGCUAAACCUUAAAUUGAGGAGUAACACCACCUAAAAUAUAAAUAUACACAUACAAACUACAGAACAACCUAUAUUCAUAUGAAUGAGAAAUGUAUAUGUAAACUUAUAUGUAUGU